CUGGACAAAGCUGAACAGCGAAGAAAGCAGAGAGAAGUUAAGAUUGCAGCAAUGAAUGCCGCGCUUGAAAAAAAUUCAGAUUCUACCAGCUUCAAGGGCUUCAGUUCAGGUAAACGGACUAUCCCCAGUUAUGACAUGAUCCAAAGCAAAGGGCUUCAAGAUGACGAAGGAGAAAAAACCAUUUGGAUUUAG